CAAGUCUCAGAGCUUUCACCGGUCAAGUUCCUUCUCUUCGCUAUCCAGCCCUCCGAGUCAAGUAAGUUCCCCUUUCCUUCUAUACUUUUCCCGGUCAUGUCUCCUCUUAGCGAUAGGGUCUCUUCCUCAGAGGACUGCUCCUCUGAGAAUUCCAACUCCUCUUCCUCGACCGGGUCUUCUUCUCUUGACUCUUCGCCUGGUCAGGUUCCCAACUCCUCCAUUCCCGACCCGCAUCCUGUAAAUCAGGUGCCCGGUGAAACUUUCGUGGGGAGGGAUGACCCGGUCGAUGACGAACCGGGCCCCUAUGACCCCGAACACGAAACCCGGGACGGGUGGGAGGAGCGGCUUCACGCUGCCGAUUACUUUCCGCUUCCCACUUUCUAUGUCCUUGACAUACCUUCCCGUGUAUCCAAAAUCGCUUUAAAUAAAAUCCGUAGGAGGCUCCCGGAUGGGUAUACCCUCCUCUACGAACCCAACUGGCCCAAUAUCGUUGAACCCCACCGGGAGGAUAGGAUAGGGUUUCAUACCAUUUCCCUGGACGCGGGCAUAGUUUUUCCUCCUCGCCCUCUCCUUACUGAAGUCUGCCAUGCGUUUAGGAUUUUGCCCGGUCAAAUAACUCCUAACGCCCACCGGUACCUUCAUUCCUUCAUAAAUAUUUGUACUCAUCUGAAAAUUUUCCGUUCUUUGCGUCUCUUCCUUUUUUGCUUCGAAGUCCUACCGGGUGGGGCUGGCUGCGAAGGCUUUGUAUUCUUCAAAGCCCGUACCGGUAGGAAGUUCAUUUCCGAAGUCCCCCAGAGUAACCGGGGAUGGAAGGAAAAGUUUGUUUUCAUCGAGUUUCCUCCCUUCUUCACUCCUCUGGCCGGUCUAAAAUGGAAUGACCAUCUACUCGACCAAGAGUAUGCUGCACCGGCCUCCUCCCCAGACUUGGAAGCUAAUCUCGAGAUCCUCAUGCGCGGGGAUCCUCAAACCGGGAGGAUCUUCCAUCAAGGCAGCUGGGUUUGGAGGGUAGAGUCGGGUGGUGAGGAUAUGGAGUUCGAAGAGUUCGCCAUCCCUGACGACCAACCAGCCGGGGAGACCGGGGGCUCCGAAGCCAAUCCUGCCAGGACUUUCCCGGUCAAUCCAGAGACCGUGGAAAUCCUGGAUGAAGAUGAGCCCCAAGACAACCGGUCUAAGGGGAAGGAGAAGGAGAAGGCCGGUCGCCGGGUGAAGAAGGUGGCCACCACGCACCCUUCCUAUGCCAGGAAGAGGGCAAGGUCAGACCCUGAGCCGGCCUCCCAGACCAUUGAAGAGGCUUUUGUCAACCUGGGCCUGAGGCUGAAGGAGAAAGGGGAAAUCGGGCCCCAUGCAGUUGAACAGCUGGGGAUGGGAUUUCCUUCGGAGAUUGCCCGGCUAAGGAAGGAAAAAGAGGAGAUGAACCUGAUUUUGAAGAAUCAGGCAGAUGAGUUGAUCCGUCUGUCUAGUAUGGCCGGGACAAUGAAGGCGGAGAUCUACCAGCUGAAGGAGGAGAACGGCCGGCUUAUGGAUGAAGUUUCUGAGGCCAAUAGGGAAAUGGCGGAGAAGGAAGAAACCUUCCCCGGGCGCGCAGCCGCCUGGGUUGAAGAGAACAAAGCCGAUGCUGCCCGGGUGAUGACGGCGACGCCGGAGGCGACCAUGGAAUCCUUCAAGUUCCUAUACCGGGAACCUGAAGGGAGAAAAAUGAUCACUGCCAUCGGAUCCUUUGGGUUCAAGAGUGGUCAGAAAAAGGACCGGAUUGCCUCUCACCGAGUACUACUCAAAAGAGACCCGGGCUUCAGUGCUGCAUCCUACGGCUUGGCCCCCAUUCCUGAGGAAGAGCCCACUCCCCCUUUCCCUCUUGAGUAAAACUCCCCGGCUCGGACCGGUUGUUUUGUAAACUGGAAACUUCCUUCAUUUCCCCGGGAAUGCCCGGUGUAGCUGUAAAACACUUAACAUUCCUAUUUUCUCUGAGUGCAUGUUUGUUUUUUGUACCGGUUAAUCUUUCAUAUCUGCUUGCUUCAUGAUUGUUAGAUAUUCUGACCGGUAGAUAUAUUAGGCCACUCCUCAAUUGUUUUCGACCGGUAGAACUUCCAAGUUCUUGAUCACUUUAUUUGAAAGUUCAGCUCGAGUGACUUUGACCGGUUAACUCCAACUUGAUGGUCACUUUGAAAAAUGUUUG